AUGUAUUCACGGAACGCGCUGUUCAGUGGGUUGUUCCCCGCAGAGAUCGCAGAACGCUAUCCAGAGUACUGGCAAGAGGAAUCUGAUGGCGAUACCAGUACGAAUCGCUACGAACGGCAACUCCUUGAAGAACAUCUCAAGCGCAGCGGCAUCAAACUGAAAUCCGGACUUCAAUAUUUCAAAAUUUUUGACACGCGGGGUGGGAACACCUACAAAAAGCGGGUCGCUGCGAAUCCACGUGUCGGACUUUCGGCGUUGGUUGUCAAUUUCGUUGAUAUCCUGACACAUCAGCGUUCACAGUCAGACGUUCUACAACAACUUGCCCCUGAUGUACCCGCUUUCCGGGCGCUCGCGCGUUCAUGGUUUUCACAUUCCGUACUUUUUGAUAUUUUGCGUAUGAUUGCAGCGCAGAACGCAACAGUAGUUCUUACCAGCGACCACGGGUCAGUCUUCUGCAACCGCGCCACCCGCGCACGUGGUAAUCGCGAGACCACCACCAGCCUCCGGUUUAAAAUUGGCACGAACCUCGGCUGUGAAAAAAACAAAGCCGUACAUCUCCAUAAACCAGGGGAAUACCGGCUUCCCGCGGAAACCGCAAGUAAGGAUUACAUUCUCGCGAAAGACGAUUACUAUUUCGUCUAUCCAAAUGAUUUUUAUAAAUAUAAACGGCAGUUUCAAGGAGGGUUCCAGCACGGUGGCAUUUCAAUGGGUGAACUGAUAACACCCGUCGUAACGUUGACGCCGAGGCUGUAA